AUGACGGAUCGAUUUGCACCUCUGCGUGACGAGAAGCUCACGCUUGGCUCGUCGAUCACAAUGGUUGAUGGCUAUGCCAUGCCUCGCUUCGGCAUCGGUGCCUGGGACAUGCGUGGUAGCGAAUGCAAGCAGGCGCUUCUCAACGCCUUUGACAAAGCAGGCUAUCGGCAUGUUGAUACUGCUCGCUAUUACCGAAACGAGGCUGACUGUGGCGAAGCGGUACGCGAAUGUAGCGUGCCUCGAUCCGAGCUGUUCUACACCACCAAGGUCUAUCUCAACGAGAUGGGUGGUGGAAGCAAGACGCGCUUAGCUGUCGAAGACAGUCUCGCCAAAGCGGGUCUUGACUACCUCGACCUUGUUCUCCUGCACGCUCCCGACGGAGGCAAAAAGUUCCGACUGGACUCGUGGGACACCCUCACCGAGCUAGUGCAAGAGGGCAAGGUACGAAGCUUGGGCGUCUCAAACUUUGGACCGCACCACAUCCAGGAGCUGAUCGAUAGCAAGCCAAAAGUGUUGCCCGUAUGCAACCAGAUCGAGUGUCAUCCCUUCUUUGCGCAAAAGGAGGUGAGGGCCGCUUCAGAAGCCCAUUCAAUUAUCGUACAAGCCUACUGUCCACUGGCUCGUGGUCACUAUUACGGCGACCCGACGCUCAAGAAAGUGGCUGCCGAGACGGGCAAGACCGAGGCACAGGUAAUGCUGCGCUGGUUGGUGCAACACGGUAUUGUUGCGCUGCCAAAGAGCAGCAAUCUGCAAAGACAGGUUGAGAACGCAGAGUGUCUCACGUUCGUGCUCUCAGACGAGCAGAUGAAAGAACUCGACGCUUUGGACCGCGGCGACAAGGGCUGGGUCGAGGAGCAGUGCCAAAGCCAGCGCUGCGAGUAG